CGUGAUUACGCAAACAGAAACAAACAUGGCGCCGCGAAAGUGAGGCGAACUCUACUGUGAGUGUUCCUGAACUGAAAAAUGUUUAAUAAAUUAAUAUUCUACGCAGCUGUAAACGAAAUAAAUGUUUCUACGGUAGUUUCGUCACGUUAGUUUUAUCUUAAUCUGACUAAAGAAUCACAAAUGUUGACUUUACCGGUAGUUUUCGUGUCUCUUGGUUUAGUUUGUUUCCAUACCAACGGCUGUCCUCGCGCCGUGAAAGCUAACUGUCACUCAGGGACACUUUCAGUCAGUGAAUCGGAGAAAUAACGAAUUUAUGUAUGAAAUACGAGUUUUAGGGUUGAUUUUAUCAACUUAACUGCUUCAAUUCAGUUCAGCUUCUUCAUUUAAAUCAUUAUUUCAGCUCAGACGCAGAGGUUUGAUGGUUUGGAGUCCAUAGCCCGGACAAAUGAGAGGAAGAAGAGGACAGUCUUCAUCAUCUUCAUCAUCAGCAGGUAAAUACAGCAGAUAUCAAGAAAAGGUAAAUCUCUUACAUGAGUUUUUUAUUAUCCAAUAAAGGGCUUAACUUCAAUAGGUAACAUCCUACAUUAUGUUAAUGUAGCUGUGAUUUAUUGUGUUCAGGUUUACAGCUCAGUGUAAACCUGCUAAUUUAUCCAUUUUAUGCUUAUUAUAUACAAUUUAUAUAAUACUAGAGGUCAUAAAUUAAUCGAAUAAAUAUUUUUUAAUCUGUUAUGUUAUUUUCAUUCAUUUCAUUUUAUUUUUCAUUCAUUUUCAUUUUUCAUUUUAUUUACUUUUUUCAUUUUAUUCUUUUUUUGUCAUUUUAUUAUUCUUUUUUUGUCAUUUUAUUAUUCUUUUUUUUUUCAUUUUAUAUUUUUUUCGUCAUUUUUGUUUCAUUUUAUUUAUUUGUCAAUUUAUUUAAUUUUUUCAUUUAUUUAUUUUUGAUAUGAUUUUUUUGUCAUUUUAUUAUUCUUUUUUCAUUUUAUAUUUUUUUUCUUAAUUUUUUUUUUAUUUUUUGUCAACUUUUUUUAUUUGAUUUGAUUUUUUAAUAUUAUUUAUUUUUCAUUUUAUUGAUUUUUUUUCAUUUUAUUAUUAUUUUUUCUUUUUUUUCAUUUCAUUUUUUUCCCACUUUAUUAUUUAUUUUUCCAUUGUACUUUUUUUUUCCAACACGUGAGUACAACGCCAAAAGUACAAUGAAAACAAACAAACAGAACCAGUGAGAAUAUUCAAAACAACAAUAACAAUACUUAAAAAAUUAAAAAGUUAAAAGUUAAAAUAAAAAAAUAAAUCAUAAUAAUGCAAACCCAACAUGUCCGAAAAGGACUAGGAUGAAGCACUAUGCUCUUUUACUCAAUAAUUUCAGUCAGUCUCCGCCAAAAUUAAAUGAUAUCUGGAAUUAUUCUGGAAAUUCUGCUCAUUUCCUGUUUUUGUAUUUAUGUUGGUUUAAGUCCUUCAGCAGCAGCAGAACAGGAUGGCUCUAAGGAAACAGAUCAUCACGGAUGGCGGCAACUGUUCCUCUGAAAGCCAGCAGGGCGACGAAGACACGCAGGAGGAUGGAGACCUGAACGACAGAGAUGUCAGUGUGAAAAAAAAUGUGACUCUUUCAUCGUGCCUUUCUCUGAAUCUUUCCACAAAUUUAAUAAAAUUCAUAUUUGAUUUACUUUUAAAGUUCAAACUCGUGGUUCCAUGAGUAGAAAGUUUUCCUGUUUUAUCUUCAAAUACAAAACAUUUUUUAUUUUCAGCUGUAUCUUGAUAUUAAGAGGUGAAAAAAGGACUAAAAAGCCCCUUUCAUGGACGCUCAUACAUCAUGUGGCUGAUGUGCAAUUGGUCUGAAAUUCACACACUUGCUAAAGCUCCUUCAUACUCUGUCCUGGUCGUCACUCUCACCACUCAUCUCUUUUGUUGAGACUGUGGCUCUAACGGUUUAGCCGUGCUGUAGGUCAAACCUCUGUCAACAUCUGAAACACGAGGAACCCUGGGAAAAGACAAUGCAACAAUCUGAAUCUGUCUUUUCUUUCAGGAGUCAUCAUCACUUCUGCCUUCGUUAUCUUUAAGAGAGAGACGCAAAAGAGAGAGGGAGAACAAAUCCAAGCCUAAAGGUAAAUCAAACAACAUUCAGGAUUCAACAGUAAUGAGAAAAAUAGUCAAUUUAAAUGUAUUUUUGCAGGAUAAACAACAAAAAAGAACAUUUGUGACCACCAGAAGUUGAAUGAAGCUGCUGCAAUAAAAGCUCGAUUUAUCUUGUUGGUUACAUCUCUGUGUGUCAUAUUCAAAGUCACUGUAGGAGACAUUAUUAAACCUUCAUGUUUAACGUCGUGGGCUUGCCUGUGUUGUUUUCAGAGAUGACAGAGGAGGAGAUGAUGGACUUGGCGUUGCGUCUGAGCGAACGAGAAGCCAACAUCACGGCGCUGAGGCUACAGAAGGAGGAAGAGGCCAUGAUGAAAGCCAUCCAGGAGAGCGUGAGUGACCUGUUUCAGCUUUUAUCUCUUUAUGUCAGCUCUGUUUUAUCAAGUCUCGAAUUCCAGAAGGAUUCAGUUUGUGCUGCUUUUAGAUUGUGCUCUGUCAUGUUUGCUCUUAGCUAAAUAAAAGAGACUCUCUGUGGAAAAGCUGGACUUCAGUGCUGCUUUAACUGUUGAAAUCAGGAACUUCUUAACACAUGUCUCAUUUUCUGCAGUGUGCUUAAAUCUGAGCUUUAAAAAAAAAUGAAAAAACAAAUAAGUAUUGUCAAAAAAAGCAGAGUUUGAGGCUGUAAAAGUUCAAAACAGCUGUUCUGUUUCUUUCUUUCAAAAAAAAAUGAAACUAAAGAGAUUGAAAAAGCAAAAGAAGAAACAGACGACCAGAAAUCAAGAUAACAACAUAAAAAAAGAAAUUACAACAAAACAGGAAAGGAAAGGCAACAUUAAUAACAUGCUGAAGAAAGAGACUGUAAAAAACAGAAUGAGAAAAAUACACUAAAGAAACCAUGAAAAGAGGAAAAAUAAAGGAGAAAGGACAAAUGAAAACACGAAAGAGAAACUUAAAAAACAAAUAAAUUAACGAAACAAAACAAGAAAAUUCAAAACUACUUCAUAAAGAAAACACAUAAAUGAUGCAUGAAAAAAAGGACCAAAAAAUUUAAAAAGAUGAACAAAAAAUUACAAAAUAUCCCACGAAAAUAGAAAACAAAAACACAGAAAUAAUAAAAAAUAAGAAACACGAGUAAAACAACAAAAAUACACAAAACAGACACACAGAGAAACUUUAAAAAAUGAAAACAGAAAAACCUUUAAGUAAAAAAAAAUAUAAAAAACAGAACAGAAAUAAUAAAAGAUACAGAAACGUUUAAAAAAAGAAACUUAAAAGUCAAGUUAAAAAAACAACAACCAUACAAUACUUAAUUUGAAACAGACGAAGAAAAAGAGAGAGAAGUUGUUUUUUUUACUGAUGAACAAUAAAACUGACUGUUUUUAACUCGCUCUAAACAUUCAAGGACCACACCGAUCAGAAAUCUUCUCCAACGUUAAUUUUAAAACAUUACAAAAGGUUUUGAUAUCACUUUAGUUUAAAGUUUGAAGCCUGAGUGUAUGGAUGAAGCGCUCAGUUGUGUUUGUUUGUUUGUCUCUCACAGAUGGUCAGUCAGACUCAACCCUGCCCUCCUUUUGAAAGUCAGAGUCUGCUCUCCGAUCCUGACGCUCCUCUCAGACUCUGCUCACGACGGAAACUCUCCUACUCCAACAGGAAGCAGGCGUCAGAGGUCGGCACUUGGCAGGAGACUGACCUGAACGGAGGUGAGUCACUGAAGGAAAAUACCGGGGCAGUUAAAGCCUCGUAAAACCCGGUUCCCCUUUUAUUAUUAAAGCAUAAAUCAUAAUCUGACUUCAGGAGCUGAAGGUGCCGGAGAUGAGAGUCCGAAAAGGAGUAAAAAACGUAGAAAGAAGGAAGGGAGUCCUCUGCUGGAGAUGCCAGAUUUAUCUCAGACUCAGAAGAUCUCCACUCAGGACUCGCCUGUGACCCCGGAGCUUCUGGACCUGCAGCUGGACUCGCCUCAGGUUCACCCUCUCUUUCAUUUACCUGUUUAUAAACACGUUCAAGAGACUUAUUAUUUCAAUGUUUGUGUGUUUUUCUCUCAAUAAUCAAUCAGAGCUGCGACUCCACCCAGAUCAAGGACUGUAAAUCCCCCGUCUUCCCCUCCGUCAGCUGCAGAGCGGAGGUCCAGGUCCCUCCUCUGAGCCAGAACCUGCUGGACUCCUGCAGGACCUCAGGGUUUGUGUUGUGCUCUCAGAACAGCGUGACCGCCCCUCCUAAGUCUCCAUCAACUCAACCCAAGAGCCCCACGUUCCCCAAAAGCCCCCAAACCUCCAGAGACCUUUCUCCUUCCAAGAGUCCUGUGUUUUCAGAGACGGAGCAGGGAGACGACUCAGAGACCCAGCUGAGUCCAGGAGACUUUAAAAGUCCAGUAUUUGGACAGACGACUCAGCAUGAGAAGUCCCAGAAAGCCUCCAGACCACAAGACUGUAACACGGGGUUCACGUUUUCCUCUCAGGACAGUUCAUCUUCCUCUGUGAAAUCCACGUCCUGCAGGCCGCAGAGUCCUGUGUUCCUACAAAGUCCUGGUCGUCCAGAGACUGUCUGCCCCGCUAAAGGAUCAGGAGUCUGGAGAAGUCCGGAGUUUUCAGGGACUGAUGGAGAACAGAGCGAGCAGAGAGACGUUCCCAGUACGAGCCCGGUGUUUGACAGGACGGAAGGAGAGCAGAAACACUCAGAAGGUCCUGAAAGCAGAGGACUCUCUCAGAGUCUGAAACAGGUGAGCGAACAGAGUCCUGACUCUUCAGAUCAGCUGAAACUACGAGCUCCUCUUCACUCACGCUAGCAGACGUGUCGCUGUCGUGUGUUUGCCUCCGCAGAAAGUGAACGAGGAGGACGCAGACGAGGGGAGCUCACGGGGAGAAAGUCACGAAGAAAAACUCGAUUUUCUUUUUUCUAAAUCUCACAAAACUACGAACGCCGAUGUCAAGUUUAACAAGCCAUCAAAGUCAGGUACGGCCGCAUCUAUGAGGAGGGUUUUCCAGUUUGAUUCCCUACUUUUCUAAUGUCUUUAAAACUUGAAUCCACUACGUUCACGCACAUUCUCUGUUUUUGUUCUGAGCAGAUGAUUCAGAGGAGGAUCUGACAGAAAUAUCCAAAGACUGUAACCCAGCAGAGAUGGAGCUCAGCAACAACAUGAAGCUGCUCUGGUCGGACGAUGACGAUACGGUCACGGUAACUAACUAACAGCUUUAUUCAUCGGGAUUAUUUUAUUAAUUUAAAGGAAAAGCAGCAUCACAGUCUCACGAUCCUUCUGACCCUAACACGAAUGUAAACAGGCCCUUACAAACGUUCUUUAUGAGCUAGUAUCAUAAUUUGAGCCUCAAGGCUUUAGAGGUUAAAAUGAUGCACGAUUUCAUUCUGUUUCUGUAGUUUUUGUUCAAAUCUACACCUCCUGUUUCUGCAGCCUUCUCAGUUCGAGGCAGAGCUCUUUACGUUCAUCUUGUUCACGAGAGGAAAGACCAAAUCCACUUUGUUUUAAACAGACAAACACUUAAAUUAGAGACUUGAAGAUGGACUGUAUUUCAUUUGAUCUGAACGUCUCUCUCUCUCUCUCUCUCUCUCUCUCUCUCUCUCUCUCUCUCUCUCUCUUUCUCUCUCUCUCUUUGCUGCAGCCGGCCGGCUCGCCCAGCCCCAUCUUCCCAGACGAGACGACAGCUCAGAGUGCCAACGCUGAAACAGCCGCCAUCAAUCAUGUGACCGCAGCCUCUGCAGGGCUGAGCGGGUCAAACAGCAGGUACAUCCCACCUGAAUCCACCUGAGAUAAAUGUUAGUGUAAGAAUGACGCCGACAUACAAACUAACUGGACUCCAUUUUUCCUGCAGACAGCAGAUCUCCACCUCAGAGACAAACUCUCAGAGGUCAGAAGGAGAACCAGCAAGCGGGACGACGGUUUAUUACCACUGGGGGGUUCCGUUCUGUCCUCGAGGCGUGAACCCGGACUCCUACACACAGGUGAGAGCUGAAGAUAACAGGAGUUUAACUCUAUCGGUGUUUUCUGUUACAGAUCCUCUGAUAUAUUUACACUCAAAUCAAACGUCUGUAUAAAAGUCUUCAUGUAGUCACGUCUGUUUGCAGCGAACAGUUUUUCUUUUUAAGUUUCACAAAAAAAAGUUUUUUAAACUAUAAAAUAUCAGAUAAAUGUUUAUGUCUCAUGAGAGGAAAAGUCUCAGGUCCAACAGAAGACGUUAAAACUCAAAGGUUCAGAGUCACAAUUUUAACAUUUACAGAUGAAAUUAUAAGAAAAGAGAUUUUAAUUCAUGUGAUAAAAGGCAAAAUAAUACACGUUUAAUUUUUUAUAAAAACUACAAAUAAUCAUUCCUAAUUAUGGAAUUCAGUUCACAUCAUAAUUCUGACGUAAAAAUACAAAAGUGUGAGAUAGAAAUUAUAAUUAUAACCCCAAAAUUAUUGACUGUAAUGUAAAAAAAUAAAUAUCAAUGUUAAACAGUCUAAAUUAUCCGAUAAAAAGUCACAUUCAUCAGCUAAAAAUUAAAAAUUUAGGUGGAAAAAAUUAUUAGCAUGAAGAAAAAAAUGUAAACUAUCAAGUAAAAAGUAGUUAUUAUUAGAUAAAAUCAAAGUUAUUAAUUCAAAAUUCAUGAUUAUUAUACCCUUAAGUUAUUAUUGAGACUUUAAUGCUCCUUACAAGAAGUUUUUUGCGUCGUACUGAAAUGUAAAUGAUUUUUUAUAACUUCAAACUUUUGGCCCCUUCGUGACUUUUUCUGUCAUUCUCGUGGUUUUAUGUCUCAGCGUUGUGCCGUACUGACUCUUUAUGUCAUAUUUAUGAUUGGAAAUAAGUUCUGAUUUGGGUUCAGAUUUAUUUUUUAUUACAGACAGAGGUUUGGCUUUUGAAACUGAAGGACGUUGAUGUUUUAUUUGUUCGUUUCUGUGUCUUUUGUCUUUCGCUCAGGUGAUCCUGGCUCAGAUGGAGGUGUACGAGAAGAGUCUGAAACAGGCUCAGAGGUGUUUGCUGAGGAAGGUGGAGUGGGGGGAGGCCGUGCUGCCGCAGGUGGAGGUACGACGAGUUCGACGCUGAUGCUGAGAACUCUUCUCAGUGUGACGAACACAAUCAUAUUUACUCACAGCUUUGAUUGAUCUUAUUUGAUCAGGUGAAACACCAAUAUUGAUAUUUUUCUUUGCUUUAAGUUGAAAACAGGCAGAAUUCAGAAACUCUGAUCUGGUUUUGUCCGCAGAAAUCUCCUCCGCCUGAGUCACAGUCACCGGAGUCAUCCCAACAAGACGUCCCUCGAAGGUAAAAUCUGCCGCUGUGACCGUGCAAUACCUUCUUUCUGCCACUAGAUGUCACUACUGCAUUAAUCAAUACAUCAGUUCAUGGAGAAAAGUUUGAGUAACGUCUGAAAUUUUUUAAAUUCGUCCAGAUUUGUUUAUUUCUUCAUCUUCUACUGAUCUCAUCUCAAGAUGAGACUCAUCUUUAAUCACUUUAAUCAAUUUUUUAAUAUAUUUUCAGACGUGGCAUCCGCCUGAGAAGAAACCUGUUGAAUGAAGACGCUGAGCGUGAGGAAGAGAAGGAGGAGAAAAAGACCGAGGGAGAGGAGACGAAGGAGGACAAAGACGGAAAAAUGAAGAAUGAAGGAGGAGAAAGUGGAAGGGUGGAUCCUGACGACUGUGAUGUUUGUCCAGGUACUGAAGCUCUGGGUUUCAUCGGAGCACCUUUUAUAAUUCCAUUCAUAAGUUUUAUAUGGAACUAAAUGUGACAGGAUGUGACGAGGGGAUGACCUAAAAAUGGACGACAAGGGCUUACAGCUCCGAGCUUUUUUUUUCCGUCUACAGAGACACAGCUGAGUAACAAAGAUGACGAUGACGACGAGACGCAAGAUCUGUUGAUGGAAACCGAAGCUGAAGCAGAGGUGAGCUUAGAUCCUCGUAUCUUCAUCAUCAUCAUCAUCCUCAGUCUGUGUUAGAAAUUUCAGUUCCUGAAGCGACACAGAAUCAAAACGAAACACCUGAUGACCUGCAGAUGGAUUUUCUGACACACCUUAACCCUCGUGAUGUUGUUUGGGUUUCUCCAAAGCUUCAGUGUGGAAGCCCUGAAGAGGUGGAUGUGGACAUGAUUCUCAGAGACGAUUCUCCUGUCCAGGAGGAGACGCAGAAGGAGGCGGAGGUGGAGAUGGAGGUGGACGGUAAGACUGCACACUCACUAGUGAGAGAAGAGAUAGUUUUUGGUUUCUGGAUCCUGUUUCUUCACGGUUUCAAAUAACUUAAAAAGCUUUGUUGUUUGUUUUUCAGCUCAAGCGGACAAAGAGACAAAAGGAAACAUCAACGCUGGCAGCAGCAGAGAUGUUGGAGGUCAGGAAGAAAUAAAAGCGCUGACAGAGGACGAUCAGGGAGACAUCGACGUGGAGGAGGUGAACAGCCAUCGUCUUCAGAGGUCGACGUCUCCUGAAAUCGAGCUGGCCGCCACCGCUGCUCAGAGCCCCGAUACCAACGUGGACUGUCCCAUCUGUCAGGGCUCUUUUCCUGUGACGGAGAUCGAGAUGCACGCCGCCUACUGCGACGGAGAGGUCGCCGUGGUGCACGAGAGGAGGCCAAAAGCCGACAGUUUGAAAGGUGAUAGAAACUUAACAACAAGGCUCUGUGUAUACUGGGAUAUGAGACUCUUAAGCGUAAAAUAUUAAACAUUUCUGCUGCGUUUUCCUCCAUCCAGUUUUGUCGAAGCCUUGUAGGAAGAGAACAAGACGAGCAGAAGUGAGGGAGGAAGAAGAAACUGAAGAACCCUUAAACACUGGCAAGUAAGUAGGUAUGACCUGUGCCGUCAAAGAGUGACUUCAGACGUUUACUUUUUCUUUUAAUCUGGAUGUAACGGUUUUAUUUUCCACAGGAACCAGGAGAAAUGUUACGUCUGUCAGAAAGCUGUUCCUCUGAGAGACUACAGCAGACACACGGAGCUCUGCAUCCAGAGACGAGCUCCCAAGACCGCAGGGGUGAGACUCAUGAUGACCGCAGAAACACACAUGAGGUCCAGGACUUGGUGUUUAGGGGGUCAUUUGGGUGAAGAUACUGCGAGAACAGCACCCUCUGGUGACGGGCUGCAGUAUAGGUCAUAAAUCUCGCCUCCUCCAGCAAUCCCUAUGGAGAUGUGGACAAACUUUAGAAAUUAAUUACACAAAAUACCGUAUUUUUUAGACUAUAAGGUGCAAUUUUUUAUCAAAAAUUGACAGUGCACCUUAUGUAUGAUUACUUCCUGUUAACUGACCGAUCAAAAAUCUGUCGAAAUGUGUAAGUACGACUUCGGUAAGCAACAAAGCCGCUCCGCUUAAUGGAUAUUCAAAGCUUUACGGUAACUGUCGUCUGAGCCGGAAUCAUCGCUGAACGGCAACGAGACUGACUCGGAUAAUGACGAGAAGGAUCCGAACAUGCUUGAUGCCGAAAUCGUACAGCUGUUUAACUCCGACACUGAAGAUGAAGAAUUUUAUUUGAUGGAUUUGUGGAAGAGGAAUGAAUUGAUACAUGAGCGUAUUUUUCUGUACCGGUAUUUGUUGUUAAAACUGAGUUUAAUGAAGUUUGAUUUACUGGACUGGACUUCGCUUAAUGCGCCGUACGAUCUAGUGCGCUUUAUUGCCCGAAAAAUAUGGUAUAAAUGUUUCUCCCCCCUGGUUGUGAUGUUGACAUGUAGUUACUGUCAGACUGGUUUGUGCUCAAGUCCUCUUUUUUCUGUACAGCUCCGUUUGUAAAAGUUAUUAGGGGGUUCAUGUUUUCUAUGAUUGACACUUGAUACAGCCUAUGGGGGUACGAAGAUUGUGUAAACGCCGUUUGAGCCGAGCGCCAUCACAGCGACUCUCCCACCAAAUGCGUACAACACUACUGCGCGCAUGGUGUAUACGGCUUCGAAUUCGUGCAGUGACGGGAGGCGGAGCCAAGUUGUCCAUACCAAAUACAGUCUAUGAUCAGAACAACCUUUUCACACGACUACACCAUUUUUCAGUUUCAUGUCUGUAUGUCGUCUUUGCUCUAUUUUCAGUAAAACCUGGACUUAAGAUGAUUUUCAAACCGUCUGAUUCUGUUUUAACAUCAUUUUUAAGAGUCACUCUUGUGUUUUAGAUGUAAAAUAACUUGUUUUUUCUUUUUCUUCAGAGAGGAAAUCUUCUUUCAGCGUUGGAGCAGACAGACGGCAGGGAUUCAGGUGAGCAGGACGAUUGUCUAAAUGAAACUCCAGAGUCCAGUUGAAAUGAUGAACCUGCUUUUACUUUUGGUAAACUAAAGAAGCACUUCGCACAUCUAUAAAAUGUGUGUAGUUCAAAAUUACACACAAAUGAACUUUGGAUCAUUGUUAUUAGAUGUAUAUUCUGAUGGUAGAUUUGCCCUUUUUACUAGAUAUAAUUAAAUAUGUCUGUUUUUAACUUACAAUGUAAACUUUUCUCCUAAAAAAUAUUUUAAAAUACCGAUUUAUUAAUAACCGAUUCACUAUGUUCUGGAUUUCUCUUCUGGACAUGUGGGUGUUACUUCAGCCUGACGUCACACAGAGUGUUUUGUUGUUUAUUUUCUGUUUCUUCGGUUAAAUGACCCGAUGAUGAUGAUGAGUUUGUCCCCCGUUUACACCUGAGAACGGGAUUGGUCAUGGAGAAACGACCACUCCCUAUUUAAGAUGGCUGCUCUAGAGCAAAAAAACUGUUUGCCCGAUGAAGGUCUCGUACCGAAACGAUGCAAAUAAACGAUUGAUCGGGAAUCCUUUUGCUACUCGUGGUAAACUGACAUCCGUGUUUUCUGUCCAGCAGAACCCGGACCAUCUGGAUCCAGACUUCAGACGAGGUACGAGGAAAACAUUUCAUCACCUUCACAGUCACUUUAAAACAAUCCACUCUUAAACUAUAUUCUUGAGUUCGUCGUCGUUUAGUUUUUGUGUUUUUUUCCCUCCCCACAGAGAAGUUAUUGAUCUGCGGGACGACGAUGACGACGAAGACGGCGUCUCAUCUCUCAGGAUCAGUAACUCUCCCAUCCGAGCGUUCACUCCCAUCUCGGAGGCCACCGACUGCCUUAUCGACUUCAAGAAACAGAGACGAGCCAAGAAGCCGAGCCAAAGACGGAGAUGAGGACCACUGAAAAACUGAAAAACAAAAAACUGGAACCCAGAGCCUUAAAUCAAGGAUUUAUCAGGUCAGAAAUGGCAUUACAGAGAUGAUGAAGGUUUGGAUUCAGACUGAAGAGAUUUCUGCAGGUAAAAAAAAAAGACUGACUGAACACCUGAACGAGCAGAAACCUCACCUUUAUUUAACGCUUACAUGUUUUUGUACGAGCAGUGUUUCCGUUUCAGACUACCUCUUCUUCACGUAGACGACAUUUCUGUUUCUUAGACUUUUGCUUCAUGUCCGAGAAGUUUGUGUUUUUUUCUGAUUAUACAGCAAAAACUGGCUUAAAACAAAACAUCCCCGCCCUUUACAAACCCGUGUUUUCAACAUUCAUGCUCAUGAAAAAGAAUCCCCCCUCACUCACUCUAUAGCGCCACCUGCCGGUCAAAAAACGGUGAGGUUUAGGACAGCAACACACUAACAACAAGACCUUUUACAGAUGUGCGCUCCAGAAAAUUUCACGACACUUUCCUGAUCCUUCAGUUUAACUCCUCCACAAGUUUGAGUUUCCGUUCAGUCAUCAAGUGAUUUUAUUUUUAAAGCAACAGCUUAUGCAGAUGACGCAUCCUCCAUCACGACUCGGAGGGGAAUUAUCCGGAUGAUUUACUCCGUUACAUUAACUCACCUUCCGUCAAAUGAUCCCAGGAAUGAAAAAUUCUGAUGUUUCUGUUCACAGACAUUUCCAGGAGCUUUAUCAACACGAAGGUUUUGACCCACUGACAGUGAACACACCCUGAAGUUGGUUAUUUUCAUUCUGCAUCAGUCAGAAAAUCCUCCUCACAAUUUAAACUUUUGCAAUGUAAAAAUAUUUCAGAUUUUAUUUUCUAAUUCGACUACAUUUUUGAAAACUGUAUCGGCACUGCAGAAAAUAUUUGGUAAAUUAGACGUAAACUCUCUGGAGAAACUAAACUGGACUUUUGUCUUCAGCCGAGUUUCUUACAAGGUGACUUUGUCAUAUUUAAAUGUGACCUCAGACGGACGUGUUUCCUGUGAGACUCGCUGUUUAGUAAGAAUCUGUCACGCUAUGUCUCAUCCUGUUACACCAACUUUGUUGCUUCAGUUCACACCUCCCUCUCGUUUAAUCGCUGCAAUACGGGCAUUAAUAAGCCGCUGUAAUAACAGAAAAGAGGAACUUCAUUUAGAAGUGAGAAAAUGAGUGGAACUGUUGGAGUGGAAGUUUUUAAAGCACUAAAUGUACAAAAGGAGCUCGAAUACUGGAGUCAAUGUGGAUGAAUAAGAAUAAAUUUUCUUUUUUUCUUCUAUUUUCUUAAAUUUUCUUCUUUUUUUUACUGUCCUGUAAGUUAAAUCUUAGUUUUUGUUCUCUGCAUAUCUAAAAUUUUAACCCUCACUGGAACAAAAAGACGUCAAAAGUAAGUAUUUAUUUAAAUGUCAGUAUUUACAGUUAAAAUUUGACAUGUAAAUAAAACUUUUUUUCUUUUUUACUAUUUUCUAUUUGUUUAUCCUCAAGCUUUAGACACAAAAAGAUCAAAUUGACAAUAUUAAAAUGAACAAAAUUUACA